AUGCCUCAAUGGACCGGAUCCCUGACUAGCCAGAAUGGAAAUUCUCUGGCGGGAUUAUUCAUGAUUAAUGGCGAGCCGUGGGUAUUCGAAAAGAACGCUGAAGGGAAACCGGCGGCUCCAUUUCAACGGGCCCCUGCAGUCGUCAAUAUUCCGUGGAAGGAACUUGAAAAUAUCCGCCAGUCCCUGCAGAGUCGAGAGCCGUUCACGGCGACUGUUAUGGGCUCUACUAUGGAGAUCAUUUGGUCUAAUGGGGUGAGAAUCACUGCCAAUGUGCCCCAUUGUGACACCUAUGGUUUUUUUUCAGGCGAGGGUGGCUGGCGGACGCAGUGA